AUGGCGGCCUUCGAUGGAACGUCCUGCCCGGAGGAACACCUGAUGGCCUACAAAAACUUGAUGCUGCUGUAUACCAAUGACCCGUCGUUGUGGUGCAAGUUCUUCCCGACUACUCUUACGGGAGUAGCGCUGACAUGGUAUACCUCCCUUCCAGGAGGAAGUAUACACAACUUUGCCCAACUGGAAGAGAAGUUCCUGGGCCACUUUGUAGCUUCCAGAAGGCAGGAGAAAUCAAAUUUCCAUCUACUCAGCAUCACGCAAUUGGAAGGGGAGUCCAUAUCAUCCUAUCUAAAAAAGUUUCAUGAGGCGGUGCUGGAGGCCCAUGAUCCUAAAAAACGGAGGUCUGAUAAGAAGGACCCCAUUGCCAAUCACCCCUCAAGGAACAGAGAAGAACAGCCAUCAAGGAGGGAAAGAAACUACAUGCCGCGUCGUCAGGAACCCCCGUCAGAUAUGGGACCCCCACGACCCCGUCACGUAUAUGUCACUGAAGGGGAGCCCAGGACGAGGAAUCUGUUAGAUGGAGGAUAUACGGAAGAAUAUCCUACCAUCCGCGCAGCGAGAGAUAGCGUCCACACUCUACUAAAAGGGCCCCCGAAGGCCUCAACAAGUGGGCCGAUCAUGAAGUUUGAUGCCACGACCUCCCAAACACUGCAACAACCUCACACGGACCCUCUGGUGGUUACCCUCAAAAUUGGGCAAAUGAAAGUCAAAAGGGUACUCGUGGAUACCGGGAGCACGGCCGAUCUCAUAACAAUGAAGUGCUUAAGAAAGAUGAAGUUCGAAGAACAGCACUUGCAACCCCUAGACAAGCCGCUGAUUGGGUUUGAGGGAAGUCAAGUUAUUCCACUGGGCACGAUCAUCCUCCCCGUGCGGGUGGGAGAAAGAAAUGAAAGCAGAACCAUGCCCAUACGAUUCACGGUGGUGGAUCUCACCUUUCCCUACAACACUAUCAUGGGGCUCCCGCUGAUCAACAAAAUCAAAGCCGCGAUUUUUCCCCAUCAACUCCUGCUACAAUUCGAGCGGGAUGAUGGACAGGUAGGAAUCCUCAAAGGGGAUCAGGUGACGGCACGACAAUGCCUCACCAACACCUUAAAACGAGGAACUUCCACCACCCCCUCUAAAAGGGAAAGGGAAGAGCAGUCACCUAGCGUCAUGAGCGUGUAUCUAGAGAGCCCCAACCCGCAAGAAAGGCCUCGCCCCGUAGAACGAUACGAGGAAGUGGACAUAUUCGGAGGAAAACGUAUCAAGAUAGGCAAGGAUCUCCCUGCCCCGAUUAGGCAAGAUAUCGUUGCCACCCUUACAGAGUUCCGCGACAUCUUCGCUUUUUCCACAGAAGAGAUGCCUGGCAUCCCUACAAACGUCAUGUGCCAUAAACUCGAUAUAAAACCAGGCUACAAACCCGUGAAGCAAAAGCUGCGACAUCAGGGAAAAGAGCGGAUAGAGGCCGCCCGAGAGGAAGUGGAGAAAUUGCUAAGAGCGGGAUUCAUCAAAGAGUGCAAGUACUCUGACUGGCUCUCAAACGUCGUCCUCGUGAAAAAAGCAAAUGGCAAGUGGAGGAUGUGCGUUGACUUCACGGACCUGAAUAAAGCAUGCCCCAAAGACGAUUAUCCUCUUCUUAAGAUCGAUCUUCUGGUUGACUCCACGGCAGGCCACGCUCUACUAAGUUUCAUGGAUGCAAACGCCGGCUACCAUCAGAUCCCUUUGGCCAUAGAAGACCAGCCACAUACGACCUUCAUCACAAAUGCCGGAGUAUACUGUUACAAGGUUAUGCCCUUUGGGCUAAAGAAUGCUGGAGCUACCUACCAGAGGAUGGUCAAUAAGGUCUUCCAAUCUCAAAUAGGCCGAAAUUUGGAAGUAUACGUGGAUGAUAUGAUCACUAAAAGCAAACAAGCGUCCCAACAUGCCGCGGACUUACGCGAAACGUUCAACACCCUCCGGAAACAUCAAAUGAGACUCAACCCUGAAAAGUGCGUGUUUGGGGUCACCGGUGGGAAAUGCCUUGGUUUCCUCGUUGACGAAAGAGGAAUAGAAGCUAACCCUGAUAAGAUAAAGGCAAUCCAGGACAUGAAGUCCCCAAGAUCAGUAAAAGAAGUUCAAAGAGAGAAGAGCAAGUUCGAAUGGACACAAGAAGCCGAGGAAUCCUUCCAGCAGUUGAAAGAGCAUUUGUCUUCUUUGCCGAAACUAGUCUCGCCAUACAACGGGGAGAAAUUGGUCUUAUAUGUGUCAGUCUCCGAAUACUCCUUGUCAGGAGUAUUGAUCGCCGAAAGAGAGAAGAAGCAAUUCCCCAUAUACUAUAAAACUAAAACCUUGCUUUCAAUCCCAUCAGAUCGUCGUCAGGUUCAGCCAACCCUUGAAAAAGAUUCUGGAAGGAAAGAAUAA